GUCUCUGCGCCUUAUUCUAUUUGCUCCGUUGAUCUCUCCACCCAACAAACAGGGACGCAUCUGCUUCCUCCCUCGAUCUCUUCUCACGCGCCAGAGCAGCCGUUUAUAUAUACAUCGUCGUCAGACUCUCCGUCCGGUAGUGACUACCAAGAAUUGCAGACUGCCGGAGAAACCUGACCAGCGCCCGCAGAUAGACCCCUGACUGCGAGAAUUGGAGCCGGAGAGGAAGACGAAGGAGGUCGAGGCGCCCGCACACGGAUUGCCGCAAGAACUGGACUAAUUUGGAGGAGAGCCAAGCUCAAUUCAGAGGAUCGGGGACAGGAGACAGGAAUUCAAGAACACGCAAAGGGGAGCCCGCGAACGUCCCGUCUCGAGUGGACGCGAGAAAAGGUGGAAAAAGGCAGAGGCUAGCUAGUGGCGGGCGCUUUCUGUCUGUCCGGUGCAGCACCUGCCCGGCGAGCGACAUCGAGCGAGGGAUGUUCUUGGGCCCCGGCGGCUCAUGGCGAUCCCGGACACCAGCGGCGGCGGCGGCGGGGCUCGCCACGUCAGGUGCCCCAAGUGCCGCAGCGUGCUCCAGGAGCCCGCCGGCGUGCCCGUGUACCAAUGCGGCGGCUGCGGCGCCAGCCUCCGAGCCAAACCCCGCAGCGCCGACGCGCAGGACGCGGCCGUGAGCGCUGCGCAGUCAUCGGAGAGCGCCUUGCCGUCGCCACGUCUGAGCCGGAGCGGGCGUUUGGGCUCCGGCGACGUGGCGAGCACCAGCGCCCCCGCCUCCCAUCCCGAUGCUCCGGCCAGCGCGCGGCACCAAGGAGCUGGCGCCGCGCGCCGGUCCGAGACCGGUGGCCUCGCGCCGGCGACAGAGCAAGCGUUGCCGAGCGGCGAGAAGAGGGGGCACGAGUCACACGAUCAUAGAAGUGCUGACCAGGAGGAAGCUCGUGGCAGUUCGGGUCGUCACAGGGCAGGAGGUGUUGUCAGCGCCUCUGCGCAACCGCCGCCGACCGCCGAGAAGAAGGGACACGAUCAUCGGGGUGCAGCUGAGGGCAGUUCUGGGCGUCACAGGGCAAGGGGUGCUGUCAGCGCUCCCAGCGCCAGUGCCGACUUCUCCAAGGGAAGCAGGGAUGCAGCCGCAGAAAAUUCAGAUAGGAGACGAGAAGCUCAGCCUAAUCCUGUUGUUGAUGUCGCGACCAAGAGAGGUUCAGGCGAAGCGGCGCGGCCUCGGUCACGGGAUCUCGGCGAAGCUUCGCCAGUGCCCGCUCGUGCCGCAGAUUCCAGGUCUGCGCCGGCCGCGGUGAACUGGACACGUCGAGACGAUGCCGCGGCGGCGGCGGUUGCCGAGGAGAAGGCGCCGAGCCCUCCUCCUCGCCACGCGGCCCAGCCGCAGAAGAUGAGCCCCCUGCACGAGAAGAUCCUCAAGACGGUGGAUGAGCUGAAGGACGACCUCUCCGAGCUUUUCAGCAAGUCCCCGGAGCUCAAGCCAAGCACGCCGCCGCGCACUCCUCGCCAUCGCGCGCAAGAAGGCUACGCCUCUCGCCCGGCCAUCCCUACCAGCAGAGCUCGCCACGCUGCGGCCGCUGCUGCUCUUUACCGUCGCGGCAACGCAGGUUACGCUGCAGACAAGCACGGCCAGGCUGCUCCCCGCGGCUUGCCGUCGCGGCGGUACCGCCGGUGCAGGGCUGAUACGUUCAGCGGCCACCACGCGCGGCUGGAUGAACCAUGCCGUCGGCACAGCUGCUGCGACCACGGUCACGGCAAGCCCGAGUGCGGCAGCUGCAGGGGGCACUGCUGCGGCGGCUCGUGCAGAGCGCGAGAGCACGCGCGGCCGGUUGCCGCCGUCCUGGAGGCCAAGCGGCGCGCGCCGGCACCGAAGCAGCACUGCCGGCCGGUCCUGAAGGGCGCGCCGUUCAUCGUCUGCUCCAGCUGCUUCACGCUCGUCCAGGUGCCCGCGGGCUUCGCCGUGGCCAGCGCCAGGGUGCGCGACCUGCGCUGCGGCGCCUGCUCCGCCGUCCUCUCCUACUCCUACCGCGACCCGGACAGGAAGAAGCCCGCCGCUUCCCCGGCGCGCCACGUCGGCGCGCGGCCGGACCUGUUCUCGUUCAUCGAGGACUUCGCGGGCGGGGUGAGCAGCUACUCCACCACGGAGGACGAGCGGCCGCUGCACGUGUCGAGGAACUCGUCGUUCGACACCGACGUCGCGGCGGAGGAGGUGGCGGCGGCGGUGGCGCGGCGGCAGAGGCAGAGCAACAGCCUGCACCGGCUCAUGGGGUACGGCUCGGCCAGCGAGCUGCUGCUGCGGCGCUCACCGAGCCUGUACGAGUACGGGAGCUUCGACAAGAGAUCGACGCCGCCGUCCAACGCGAGUAGGCGGUACGACGACAGGAAAGGGAAGGCCAUCUGCCUAGACACGGACGAGGACGUCGCCGGCGACGAUGACUCGGACGACGGUGGCGCGCUGAGGCGAUCGAAUGUGAGACGAGCUGGCAGAGGGAUUCCUGUACCAGGAGCCAUCAGGAUCAGGUCGUAACAGAGGAGAUCGACUCGUAUAUACUGUAGAGAGGAUAUAGAUUCAGGUGACAGAAUUCUGACAGAUAUAGUGAACUGUUUUUUUUGUUUCGCCAUUCGUUUAGGUAGGCAGAGACUGGGGAUUCAUUGGUGUUUGAUUGAUUUUUUUUUUCACUGUCUGAGGUUACCAAUGCUGCAUAAAUGUGGAUAAUUAGCCUCAACAUUGUGAUUCUUCACACCCCUUGUUUGGAAGUGUCAAGUGAACAUUUCUUUCCACGAUUCCUGUGGUCCAAUUCAUGAUUC